CGUUGUACUUUACUUUUUAGAAACUAGUGAAGUAAGUCUCAAACAAAUUUUGGAGACUUUGAACACAAGUAAGCCAGCUCCUGAAUUUGAAGAUGCACGUGCUGCCCUCAAUACUGUCCACGUGACGAGCUGCAGCAGAAUUCAGGUGAAUGACUUGAAAGAUGCUUUUGAUGACCUCAGUGUUUGUUUAAAGCCUGAAGAACACCAGAUGUUGGAAAAAACACUUGAUGUUGAUGAGAAGGGAAAUGUUUCCCUAAAGACUGCCCUUUUAGCGCUGAAGAGCAAUAAGCGUUUUCAAGAUUUUAGAGAGGUUAGUGAACUUGCAAAGGCCUUAGACAAAGUCACCCAUGAAAAAAUUGAUGUUGAUGAUGUAAAAGCUGUAUUGCAAGGCCUGGGGAUUUAUUUUCCAGAGGAAGAAUUACAGGAGGUGCUCACAUCCGUUUCUGUUGAUGAUGAAGGGAAAGUGGACUUAAAAGAUUGCCUGACUAGGUUGAUGCAAACGCCAUAUUUUACAAAAGGUUCAAAAAUAGACAACCUCUUGAAAGUUCUGGUCUCCAUUAGGAAAAAUGUGGCCAAUCCUGAUGACCUAGGCUCCAUGAUGAAAAGUAUAGGAGUUCCAUUACCACAAGAUGUGAUUGAAAGAGCAUUGAAGAAUGUGGCUCUCACAGAGGAUGGGACAGUAAAUUUAGAAGAGUUUAUGGGCAAUUUGGUCAAUUCAGAAUUUUCAUCUCUACUUGAAAGAAAUAGGAUUGAUGACAGCAAUCUAGACACCUUCCUAGGAAACAUGAGGAUGGAGAUGUCAGUUGAUAAAACAGUGAACAAGAAUGAGAUAAAAGAUAGGAGAUCAUCUAUGGGAAGGAAGAUUGAUUUCAGUAAUGUGGAUGCUGUUCUGAAAAACAUGGAUAUAAAACUUACAGAAGAUGAACAACAGGAACUACUAGAACACCUUUCAGCUACUACUGAUGAAGAUAUGGAUAUGAAAACAUUGAUAGGAAUUGUGAAGAUGCUUAAAGCUGAUAGGCAAGUUGAACUUAAUAAACUAGUGAAUGAAGCUAAAGCUGUUACAGGGUUGCAAGUUGAUGUUCACAACCUUGACACUAUUCUUGGAAACAUGGCAAUCAAACUUACAGCUGAGGAUGUUAAUGAUCUAACCCUAAAUCUACCAGUUGAUGGAGGAGAGGUUGUUUUCAAUAACAUGAAAAAAGUUCCAGGAAACAUGGGAAUAGAACUCAAAGAUGAGAAACACUGGGAGUUGGUGAACAAUCUGCCAACUGAUGGAGGGAACAUUAGUGUGAGUAAUUUGGACAGCAUUCUGGGAGAAAUGAGAAUUAAGCUCACAGAAAAGGAACAGGAAAAACUGACAGAAAACCUGCUACUUGCUGGAGGGGUUAUUGAUGUCAAUAAAGUGAAUACUCUUUUGCAAGACAUGGGGAUGAACCUUACAGAAAAGGAAAUUAAUGAUCUGACACACAGUUCACCAGCUGAUGGAGGAGAAAUUAAUGUCAGUGAUAUUGAAAAUACUCUGGAAAAAAUUGGGAUAGAGCUCACAGAUAAGGAAUGCUUGGAGUUACAGAAAUAUCUGCCAGCUGAUGCUCAUGGAAAACUGGAUCAGAAUAGCUUGAUGGAUGGUGUGAAAACUCUUAAAGGAGGGAUUGUUGAUGUCACUAAACUGGACACUGUUUUGCAAAAUGUGGGAAUGAAACUCACAGGAACGGAAAGUAAAGAUUUGAUAAAGAACCUAGCUGUUGAUGAUAAUGGGAAGGUUAAAAUGAAAAAGUUAAUGGAUGCAUUGAAAGCUUUUACUGGAAAAAAGGUUGAUGCCAGUGAUUUGGUAAAAGUUCUGGGAAACAUGGGGAUCGAGCUCACUGAAGGAGAAUUUAUGAAGCUGGAACAAACAAUACCAAUCGAUGCUGCUGGACAAGUGUAUCAGAACAGGUUGUUGGAUGGUGUGAAGUCUCUGAAAGGAGGAAUGGUUAAAGUUGAUGACCUAGAUACUGUUCUAGAAAACCUUGGGUUCAAACUCACAGAACAGGAACAUGAAGAUCUGACAAAAAAUCUUCCACUUAAUACUAAUAGGAAGGUUCAUCUCAAUAAGUUAGUGAAUACAGUGGAAACUAUUACAGGGGAAGAGGUUGAUGUCAGUGACGUGGAAGAUGUUUUGGGAAAGAUGGGCAUAACAUUCACAAAUAAGGAAUUUAUGAAGCUGUUAGAAAAUCUGCCACUUGAUGCUAAUGAAAAAGUCUACAAGAAGAGAUUACUAGGUGCUUUGAAGUCUCUUAAUGGAGGGGUCAUUGAUGUGAAUAAACUGGACGCAGUUUUGGGGGACAUGGGAUUAAACCUCACAGAAGAAGAAAUUAAGGAUCUGAAACGCAACCUGCCCACUGGUGCAGAUGAGAAAGUUGAGAUAAGAAAGUUGUGGGAUGGAUUAAAAGCUUUUACAGGACAAAAGAUUGAUGUGCAGUAUCUACCAGACUUUCUGAGCAACAUGGGUAUUGAGCUAACAGAUAAAGAACAAAUGGAGCUGCUAAAAAUGCUGCCAGUUGAUGCUGCUGGGAAGAUCUGUGAAAAUAGAUUGUUGGAUGAUGUGAAGUCUUUUAAAGGAGGGAAAGUUGAAAGAUGUAAAAUCAAUACUGUUCUAGAAAAGAUGGGAAGCAAGCUCACAGAAGAGGAGAUUAAAAGUCUAACAGAUAACCUACCAGUUAAUGCUAAUGGGAAGGUUGAUCUUGAUAAGUUGAUGGAAGGAGUGAAAGCUCUUACAGGAGGGGAGAUUGAUGUCAGUGACAUGGAAAAUGUUCUUGGAAACAUGGGAAUAGAGCUCACAGAAAAGGAAUGGUUGAAGCUGUUGAAAAAUCUGCCAGUAGAUGCAGUUGGGAAGACCUAUCAAAAUAGACUGAUGAGUAGUAUAAAGUCUCUUAGAGAAGGGACAAUUGAUGUCAAUAAACUGGACACAGUUCUGGGAAACAUGGGCAUGAGCCUCACAGAAAAAGAACUUAAAGAUCUCACACAAAAUCUGCUAGUGAAUGGUGAAAAGAUCGAUAUCAAUAACCUGGAAAAUGUCCUUAGAAAUACGGGGAUUGAACUUACUGAUAUGGACCAUACGCAGCUGGUGAAAACAUUGCCAGUUAGUGGAGGAAAAGUUGACAUCAGCAACCUGAAACCUCUUCUGGAAAAAAUGGAUAUCAAGCUCACUAAAAAAGAACUUGUACAGCUGAGAGAAAAUCUACCUACUGAUGCUAAUGGAAAAGUUGAUCUGAGUAAGAUCAUGGAUGGAGUGAAAACUGUUACAGGAGGAAAUGUUGAUAUCAAUGAUGUAAACACUGUUCUGGAAAACAUGGGAAUAGAGCUCAAAGAUAAAGAAGGUUUGGAACUGGUGAAAAAUCUGCCUUUUGAUGAUGAUGACAAGAUCUUUCAAAACAGGUUACUAGAAGUUGUGAAGUCUCUUAAAGGUGGGAACGUCAAUGUCAACAACUUGAGCACCAUACUGGAUAAUAUGGGAAUCAAGCUCGCAGAUGAGGAACUUAGGGAUCUGACUCAAAAUCUCCCUGUUGAUGUUGACAAGAAGAUUUCUCUAGAAACAUUGAUGAAUAAAGUGAAAGCUUUUACAGGAGAAAAGAUUGAUUCUAGUGACCUCAAAAAUGUCCUGGGAAACCUGGGGAUUGAGCUCACAGAUAAGGAAAAAGAGAAGCUGCUGGAAACACUGCCAAUUGAUGCUGCUGGAAAGGUAUAUGAAAAGAGGUUGCUGAAGGGUCUGAAGUCUCUCAACAGGGGCAAGGUUCAUGUAAAUAACCUGGACAGUACUCUAGAAAGAUUGGGAAUCGAGCUCACAGAAGAGGAACUUGCAAAUCUGUCAGAAAACCUACAAGUUGAUGCUAAUGGGAAGGUUGGUCUGAAACAGGUGAUGGACAGAGUAAAAGCUACUACAGGAGGGGAGGUUGAUGUCAAAGAUGUGAAAACUAUUCUGGAAAACAUUGGAAUAGAGCUCACAGAUAAGGAAUGCUUGGAACUGGUGAAAAACCUGCCUUUAAAUGAUGAUAACAAGAUCUUUAAGAACAGGUUGCUAGAAGGUGUGAAGUCUCUUAAAGGUGGGAAGGUCAAUAUCAACAACCUGGACACCAUUCUGAAUAACCUGGGUGUCAAACUUGCAGAUACGGAACUUAAAGAUCUGACUCAAAAUAUACAUGUUGGUGUUGAUAAGAAAAUUCCUCUAGAAACACUGAUGGAAAAAGUCUUAGAUUUUACAGGUGAGAAGAUUGAGUCUAGUGAUCUAAAAAGUAUUUUGGAGAAUCUUGGAAUUGAGCUCACGGAUAAGGAAUUAGAGAAGCUGCUGAAAGUACUGCCAACUGAUGCUGCUGGAAAGUUAUAUCGUAAUAGAUUAUUGAAGAGUAUAAAGUCUCUCAAAGAAGGGAAGAUUAAGAAGAAUAACCUCCAUACUAGUUUGGAAAAUAUGGGAAUCAAGCUCACAGGAGAGGAACUUGCUGAACUAUCAGAAAAACUACAGGUUGAUGUGAAUGGGAAUAUCGAUCUACCUAAUGUGAUGGAAGGAGUGAAAGCCAUUACAGGGGAGGUUGACAUAAAAAACCUGGAAACCGUUAUAGGCAGCAUGGGCAUUAAGCUCACUGACAAGGAACUUGAAGAUCUGAUGCAAACCCUGCCGGUCAGUGUUGAUAAUAAAGUGGCUCUGAAAACUUUGAAGGAAGAAGCAAAAGCUUUUACGGGAGAAAAGAUUGAUUCCAGUGACCUACAAAAUAUUCUAAAAGACAUGGGGAUCGAGCUUACAGACAAGGAGCACAAGCAACUGCUAAAAACAUUGCCCAUUGAUGCUCAUGGAAAGGUGUUUCAAAACAGGUUGCUGAAGGAUAUGAGGUGUAAUAAAAGAGGAAAGGUUAAUGUAAAUAACCUGGAUACUGUUUUAGAAGCUAUGGAGGUCAAGCUUACAGAAAAGGAACUUGAUCUGCUGAAAGAUCCUCUCAGUGCCUAUGAGAAAAUUGAUCUGAAAAAACUGAUGGAUAAUGUAGAAGCUAUUAUAGGUGAGGAAAUUGAUGUCAAUGACGUGGAAAUGGUUCUAGAAAACAUGGGGAUAGAGCUCACAGAUAAAGAACUCUCAGAACUAGUGAAUAAUCUGCCAGUUGAUAAUGGAAAGGUCUAUCAAAAAAGGUUGAUGGAUGGCAUAAAGUUUCUUAAAGAAGGGAAGAUUGAUUCCAGUAAAGUGGAUACGGUUUUGGGAAACAUGGGCAUAAACCUCACUGAAAAGGAGCUUAAAGAUCUAGUACGAAACCUGCCAGUUGACGUUAAUGGCAAGGUUGGUCUGGAAAAGUUGAUGAAUGAAGUGAAACCUUUUUCAGGAGAUAAAGUUGAUACCAGUAAACUUGAAAGUGUUUUGGGAAACUUGGGGAUUGAGCUCACGCCUAAUGAGUGCUUGAACUUGCUGAAGACACUGCCAGUUAAUGCUGAUGGAAAAGUGUAUCAGAAAAGGUUGAUGAAGGGCAUAAAGUCUCACAAACGAGGCAAUGUUGAUGUCAAUAAGUUGGACACUCUUUUAGAAAACAUGGGAAUCGACAUCACAGAACAAGAAUUCAUGGAUCUGAUAGAAAGACUUCCGGAUGAUGGUGAAGGGAAGGUCAAACUAAGUACAUUGAUGGAAGAAUUGAGUACUGUUUUAGGAGAGGAGGUAGAUGUCAGUGACUUAGGAAAUGCUCUGAAAGACUUGAAAUUAGAGGUCACAGAUGAGGAAUACUUGAAUUUGGUAAAAACUCUACCAGUUGAUGCUGAAGGAAAAGUGUUUCAAAAAAGGUUGCUGGAUGGUGUGAAGACUCUUAAAAGAGGAAAGGUUGAUAUGAAUAACCUGGAUGCAUUUCUGGAAAAUAUGGGAAUUGAGCUCUCACAUAAAGAACUUGAAGAUUUUUCACAAAACCUACCAGUUGACGUUGACGGGAAGGUUGGUCUGAAAAAUGUGACACUGAGAAUGAAAGAUUUUACAGGAGAAAAGAUUGAUGCUAGUGAUCUGAAAAAUGUUCUUAGAGACAUGGGGAUAGAAGUCAAUGAUAAGGAAUGUCUGGAACUGCUGAAAUUACUACCAAUUGAUGGUGACAAGAAAGUUUUUCAGAAUAGAUUGCUAACAGCUUUGAAGUCUUUCAAAGGAGGAAAGGUUGAUGUCAAUAACCUGAUCACAGUUCUGGGGAACAUGGGGAUCAAGCUCAAAAAUAAGGAAUUUAAAAGUGUGGUACAAAAUCAGCCUAUUGAUGCUGAUGGAAAUGUUUCUCUGAAAAAACUGAUGAAUGAUGUGAAAAGAGUUAAAGGAGAAAAAGUUAAUGUCAAAGAUGUGAAAAAUAUUGUGGAAGGCAUUGGGAUAGAAUUCACACCUAAAGAAUACUUGGAACUGGUGAAAACUCUGCAAGUUGAUGAUGAUGGAAAUAUAUAUGAAAAUAUAUUGCUCGAUGGUGUGAAAUCUUUCAAUGGUGGGAAGGUUGAUGUCAGUAACCUGGAAAACAUUUUGGAAAACAUGAAAAUCAAGUUCCCAGAUGAGAAACUUAAAGAUUUAUCACAAAACCUACCUGUUGAUUCUUCGGGCAUGACUGAUCUGCAUAAACUGCUAAAAGAAAUAAAGAAAUUCACAGGAGGAAAAGUUGAAGCCAAAAACAUACGCAAAGCUCUGGGGAACAUGGGAAUAGAGCUCUCAAAAAGGGAACUCUGGGAGCUGUUGAAAAUAUUGCCCAUUACUGCUGAUGGAAAGGUAGAGAAAAAUAUAUUACUCGAUCAUAUAAAAGCUUUUCCUGGUAGUAAGUGUCAUGUCUCUAAAAUGGAAACUAUCCUGGAAAACAUGGGUUAUGAGCUGGAGGAUGAGGAAGUUGAGGACCUGCGGAACCACUUGCCAACUGAGGAUGAAAAAGUUAAACUGAAUCUGCUCAUGGAAAAUGCAGAAUCAUUCAGAGGAAUGAAGGUUAAUAUCAAUGAAGUCAAUGAUGUUUUGAAAAACAAAGGGAUAGAACUAACACCUAAGGAACGCUGGAAGCUGCUAAAAACUCUGCCAGUUACUUCUGAUGGAAAAGUGUAUUACAAUCGGUUGCUAGAUGGUUUAAAGACUUUCCCAGGAGGGAAAGUUUUCAAAAAUAAACUAGAAACCAUUCUAGAAGACUUGAACUAUAAACUUGAAAAGAAAGAAAUGAAAGAUCUACAGAACCAUUUGAAAACUGACAGUAAUGGGAAGAUUUCACUGAACUCCCUUAUGAAUAUAGUAAAUUUAUUUUCUGGUGGUAAGAUUAAUGCCAGUGACACACAACUUUAUCUGGAAAAUGUGGGUAUUGAAUUAACGAAGAAAGAAAGCAACGAACUACUGAGCAUAGUGCCGAUGGAUGAUCAUAAGAUGGUGUAUAAAAAUAGGUUGAUGGAUGGAGUGAAGACCUACAGAGGAGGAAAGGUUAAUGUCAAUAAAAUAGAUGAUGCUCUUGAAAACAUGGGAUUCCCUCUUGAAGAGGACGAAGUCGAUGAACUGUGCAGUCGCCUGCCGAUUGAUAAUGAGAGAAGAGUUAAACUGGACAAACUUCUGGAUGAACUACAUGAACUGCUAGGGGAUGAAAUUAACUAUGAUGACCUGGAAAAUAUUCUGAAAAACAUAGGGUUAAGACUCCAACUGAAAGAAAACUCUGUAUUGAUGAAAAGUUUGCCAAUUGAUGCUGCUGGAAAGUUGUAUAAGCAUAAGUUGCUGGAUGGCAUAAGGUCUCUCAAAGGAGUGGAGCUUGAUGUUAAUAAGCUAGAACCCUUCAUGGAAAAUAUGGGCUUUGAGCUUGAAGAAGAAGAAUUCCAAGACCUGCUAGACAGCCUGUCCAUUGAUGAUGAGGGGAUGGUUAAAAUGAGUGUGGUAAUGGAUAAAGUAAAUCUUUUUACAGGUGAGAAGGUUGAUACUAGUAACCUGGAAACUUUUCUGGAAAAUAUGGGGAUAAAGCUCACAGAAGAUAAAGGCACAAAACUACUGAAAAAUCUUCCAGUUGAUGCCAAAGGAAGGGUAUAUAUGAACAGAUUGAUGAAAGAAUUAACAUCUCUUGAAGGGACGAAGGUGUCUUCAAAUAAAGUGGACACUUUCAUGAAAAACAUGGGAAUUGAUCUCAAGGAGAAAGAAAUCCAGGAAUUGAAGGACCAUCUACCAGUUGAUGAUAAUGGGAAGAUUGAUUUAAAUAUGUUGAUGGAUGAAGUUAAAUAUGUUGCAGGAGAGAAGAUUCAUACUGAGGACCUGAAAGAUGUUCUGAAAAACAUGGGUAUAGAGAUCACAAAUAAGGAACAUAAAAAGCUGGUGAAAACUCUGCCAGUUUCUGCUGAUAAAAAGGUGUUUGAGAAAGAAUUACGGGAAGGUGUGAAAUCUUUCAAAGGAGGAAAGGUUACUGUCAGUGACCUAAGAAAUGUUCUACAAAACACUGGGUUCAGACUCGAAGCAAAUGAAAUCCAGGACCUGCAGACCCACCUACCAGUUACUGAAGAUGAAAAGGUUGACUUAGAUGUGUUGAUGGACGCAGCAAACGCUUUUACAGGAGAAAAGGUUGAAGCCAGUGAUUUAAAUAAUGUGCUGGGAAACAUGGGAAUCAAGCUCACUGAAAAAGAAGAGUUGAUACUAUCAAAAACACUGCCAAUCUCCAGAGAUGGAAAGGUGUAUAAGAAAAGAUUACUAGCUGGUUUGAAGCCUUUCAGAGGAAAAAAAGUCCAUGUCAAUAACCUAGACACCCUCACAAAGAGCAUGGGAAUUCAGCUUGAGAAAGAAGAUUGUGAGGACUUACUGAAACAUCUGCCAGUUGAUGAGAAUGAAAUGGUUGAUUUGAAUGUGGUGAUGGAUGAUGCAAAAGCUUUUACAGGAGAGAAGAUUGAUGUCAGUAAUCUGGACAAUGAGCUGAGGAAACUGGGGCUAGUACUCACUGAUAAGGAGAAUAAGGAGCUGCUGAAAAUUCUACCAGUUCACACCAAUGGCAAAGUGUAUAAGAAUAGAUUGCUAAAAUGUGUGAAGGCCCUCAAUGGACCAAGAGUCAAAGUCAAAAAAGUGGAAACCCUUGUGGAAAACAUGGGAAUUAGACUCAAGCGUAAGGAACUUGAGGAACUAAUGACCCAACUGUCAAUUGAUGAUGAUAGAACAGUUGGUCUGAAUGAUUUGAUGGAUGCUGUCAGUUAUAUCAAGGGAGAGGUAAUUGAAAUCCAGGACUUAGACAACUUUCUAGCAAGUGAAGGGUUUGAGCUCACAAAAGAAGAAAUGAAGGAGCUGAUGCCUCAUUUGACAUUUACUGGAAAUGGAAAGGUUAAAGUGCAUUCAAUAAUGGAGGGCCUAAAGAACUUUAAACCAAAAAGAAUGGUGCCUCUACAUAAGUUGAUGAAAACUGCAAAUGAUAAUAAAGAUAGAGUUACUGGCCACAUGGCAGUUUCUGACAUUAAAUCAAAACUUAAGCUGAAUCCUCUAACAAAAGUACCCAGCUACUAUGGCAAAAGGGAUAAAGAUUUACCAGGAUCUCCCCCAUGCCAAUUACAGCACAAAGAAAGGAAGUUGAAUGCUUCACAAAUGCAAGCCUUCCAAGAUGCCUACAACUAUUUUAAUAAGGAUAAAACUGGCUGUAUUGAUUUACAUGGAAUGAUGUGCACUUUAGCUAAGUUGGGAAUGAAUCUAACCAAGCAUGAUGUCUAUAAUGAAUUAAGAUGUGCUGAUAUUGAUCGAGAUGGGAAGGUGAAUUUCUCAGACUUUAUAAAAGUGCUAACAGAUCAGAACCGCUUCCUUAAGGCUGUGGUUCCAGAAAAGGAAACCUGUUUAGAUUUAGCUGGCAACCCAGGAAUCCUGUUGUUUGAAAUCCUAUCAAAGCUUGUAGAGACUUCAGCCUUACCCAGAAAGGCUAUAAUGGAAAUCGUAAGCUAUUUCCGAAGAAAAUUCCAGGAGACCACCUCAGGAAUAUUAUGGAGUCCCUAUGCUAUGGGUUAUGGAAAAAGGAGACUUAAGCCAGACAUAUGCACACCUCCAAGCUCAAGCACGGCUGCCUUUGCUAGUGCUGCCCGGAUCGCAAUAAUGAAAGAAAAGGAUUUACUUAAAUUUCUGGAAGAGCUCAAGAGAUGCAAUCCUCCUUCAGAUAGCCCAUAUUCAAAAAUACCCAUCUUUCCAUUGUUUCCUAAUGUGGAUGGGGUGGUAAUGGGAAAGCCAUUCAGAGACCUACAGAAAUUAGAAAUGCUAAGGAGAAAGGAGCCUCUGAAUUUCUUUGAGAACUAUUUUUUCCAUAAAAGAGACUGGAAAACACAGGCAGCAAAUAUAAAGCCUAUCGAGCCGAACUCAGGCUAUCCAACUGACAUCCUUGCCAUUGACCAAAUCCUCAAGAAAAAGCAGAAUUGGACAGUGACUGAUGCAGCUGCUAUUAAACAGCACGUAAAAAGAGCUACAGAUACCUAUAAUUUAGGAACUGCCCUUGAGCACCGGAAAGAAAUGCUAAACCUAUGGCAGAAGAUCCGAGGGGAUUUGAUUGGGAUAGACACUAAAAAUGAGUCCUUUUAUGACACCUUUUCUACUUAUACAUGGUCCUGGAAUGUUUGCCAAGAAUUACUUUCCCCAAAGGACUUAAGGUUAUUUGAUGCCUACGUGAAUAGAAAUUCCUUCCACAACUCUGUAUUCUCUUCCUCUUCGGAUAUCAGUGAAUGUGACACAGAGACAGGGAGAAAAAGAAAACGGAAACGUUUCAAAGGAUUUCAACAAUGAAAUGUCUACGUUUUCUAAACAGCUCGUUGGAAACUACUUUUUCAUAGAUAUCAAAAUUAUUCUUGCUUUUGUCUAAUACAUUCUUAGCAACUGGAAAUAUUGUCAUCUUCUGAAUUCUGACCAGUAAAAACGUUUAAGUCAUAA